AAAGCCGGUCAUAUCGAUGGUAAUCACAUGUUGUGAAGUUGAGUGUGUUUGUUUAUAUUUUUGUGGUAAUUUAACUUAUUUUAAGCACAAAAAACCAGAACGUGCAGCGGGAAAACACUCAAAAUGAUGCACUACCGCAAGGCGGAGAAUGUUGAGCGGGAGCUGAGCAAAAGUGAAUUGCCAUUUGAUGACUGCAUGCCCAAGACCCAAAAGGAUUUCCUCUGGAUGCAGGUCAAAGGCGGCACCAAAGUGAGCAAUGUGAUUGAGUAUGCCCAGGCAGCGCUGAACAAGGGCGAACACCGCUCUCUAGUGUGGAGUGGCUCUGGUGGGGGAGUGGUCAAGACCAUAUCCUGCGCCGAGGUGCUCAAGCGCAGCCACCCCCUGUACCAGGUGACGCGCAUGGCCUACAACAGUGUGGAGGAACACUGGAAGCCACAGAUGGAGGGCCUCGAGGAAAUCAUUGUCAAUCGCCAGAUACCCAGCCUGCACAUCCUCAUGAGCCUGGACGAGCUGCCCGAAGGCGUACAGGGAGUGCAGAAACCCAACACAACCAGCGAUUACUGGCAGGAUAGUGCAACGCCUGCUCGUCCUCAGCACCGCCAACAGCAGCAAGGGGCAGCAGGUCGACCAAAUAAACGCCCCAGAUAUGGACGCAACAAGCAGCAGCAAGGAAACCCAGAGCAGGUCCCUGUUGCUAGCCCAAGUCAAGGCCAAUGAUAGAUAUCCUAGACUCCACCUGAAGCUUUUCUUUUACUAAUCUAAUCGCCCAGUAUGCUUGGCUUACCCUUUGUAAGGAUAUGCAAAUUAAAUAUAAUUUAUAUUUAUAA